GGUCAGGUUGUGUCGAUGCUCAGUGUGUUUUCAACCAUCACACAAAACACAUUUCCAAUUUUACAUGAAACAUUUAUAUGCUGUGAAAAAUUUUGAUAGUUUUCUUUCAAGACUUCCAAGAUGGAGUCCAAGGAACUAGACUUUCUGUUCAAUGUGGUAAUCACCCACGCCAAGCUGUUCAAAGAUGUCCAGGAGCCGGAUAAGAUCGAUGCGGUGGUCAAGUUCGCCCGCAAAUCGAUGACUAUCCCAAACAAUGUCAUCAAUGCCAGCGACUUUGAUGUCAAUUGUCAGUUUCCCUUCUCGCUUAGUCCUAACGACCUACGUGAAGACCUGGCCAACAAAGGAGUCGUGGUGUCGCUGCGCUACAACAAGUCGUCACUGGGCACCGCAGAUGUUUUUUUACCAGACACAUUUCUAGACAAGAUUGGACCCACCAUGAAUGACCUUUUUCACGAGGAAACCCUUCCCCUAAUGCGCCAAAAGAAUAUCAUCGGCAACUUGAGCGUCCUGUUUGUGCUGACGAUCAAGUGUGGGGAGAAGGAACUGGAUCAGCUGGAGCGAAAGUCAAGCAGAAGGUCCACCAGGAAGUCUGGAACCAGUAUCAAAAGUGAGGCUGAUGUCCUUCAGCUCGCCGAACAGAAAAAGAUUGAGGAGAAGGAAGAGUGCUUCGGAAUGGGGCCCACCAUCAAUCCUCAGGAUGUGCUCUUUGUCAUGGGCGAUCCCGAUCCGCUCCUACAGAUCCCCUCCGAGCCUUGCUCCGAACUCCCCACGGAGGAGGGUGAUGAGCGCCUCAGGCUGGAUCUACAGCGCUACCCAAGUCUUAAUCGUCGCGUCAUCUUUCCGGACGACGACCCCAAGCAGAAGCCCUCUCUCAGCCAGCUGAAGAAGCUCACAGAGAAGUACGCUAGGAUCAUAGAUUCAGUGACCGAGAAGUUGAAGCGAGUCACAAAAGAAUCACCUUUCAAGAAGGAAACGACCACUCCCAGGACACCCCCGGAGGUCGGCGUUGAGCACUUUAUCCCAGUGCCUAUCGAAUCUGAGGAGGAGUACGGCGUAAAGCCCAUUCGCUUUUGUCCCGUCUGCUUGUAUCCGAUGUCGUGGCUGCCAAGGUACACCCCUUGCCCCAGUUGCAACACCAGACCGCGGCCCGUGCAGAAGGCAGAGAAGCAAAUGACUGCCAACGAGAUUGUGGCCGAGCAGCUGGUCAGGCCGAAGGCUCCCCGCGUAGUCGAGGAGUUUUGCAAGACUCCCUGCGAAGACAAGUGUCAGCCUAUGGUGAACUUUGACUCGGACACAGAGUGCCCGCCGGGCCGCUGCACAUGCAAGGACGGCAACUUUUGCACCCACUGUCGCAUCCGCAAGUUGUGUCAGGACAUCUUUGACGAGGACGAGGUGAAGAAGCAGGCUCAGAAACUUGGACGCUACCCCCAGCCGCGCUCCACUGAAGACUUUGCCUUGAUUCCAGACCCCGAAGACGAUGACCGUCCCUACCUUGCGAGGGUCUUCUCCGAGAUGAAAAACUUGUAUGCCCAGCACGACUCCAGAAAGAUCGAUGCCAUUCGUAAGCGCUGCCAGUUCGAGACACUAAGAUCUGCACCUAGUGGCCACGACAAGGAACCUUGUAACCGCCAGAGGGCUGGACAUAAGCAAUGCCUGCCGGCAGAGCCCUUGGUGCCACGCCGCCAUGGCUGGGAUUGGCCCCGAAGUCCCCAGGCCAGAAAGUAUGGCUGGCGACCGGGCUGCAUCAUGCGGGCGGCCGUGCAAGUGAUGCGUUACUUCCUCACUUCCAAGGAUGAACGCACUUCAUGCUGCCAGACCCUAGUCGAACACGAGCAGCUUCAGCGGCAAAACACACCGGUCCUAAACAUUUGGAAACGCGAUGGAGAGAUCUUUGUAACCCUGCGACCGCUGGGAAGUCUAGGAAAAAAGCAGAAGCCCAUCACCUUUAGGAUCGUAAAGAGCCACCUGGCGGUGGCCCUGCGCCAGAUCAAGCGCGCUCUCAAGGAUCAGGGCUUCGAGAAGUGCGCCUGCCACAAGUCUCUCAUGCUGUGUACCUGUCGCGACGCCCUGGAGAAGUUUGAGCUGAACAAGGCCCUCCGGAGGGAGUGCCAACGUCGCCUCAUCGAGCCAUGCCCGGAGCACCUGGUGCUCACCGACACCAGUGUCAGCGACUUGGAGUUCAAUCUGGAUGUCCAUCCGCCGUCUAGAAGAUGCAGAUCUCAGAUAAAGGCCAUUCAAAACAGCGUGAACUACGGCACCCAGACAUCCAAAAAGGAUGUGAUGCCUCCGCCGAAAAAGUAUCCCACGCAGAUGUCACCCUAUUACCGGGGAUUUGAUUGCGCUCUCGGGGAUCGCUACAUGGGCACUGCACUCGGCUGGCCGGGCGAGCAGGUCUUCGAGGACGGCGUCUUCGGGCUGGCGGGCGGCGGACCCCACGGCCCUAAACCUAUGCCCUGUGGUCGAGCCUCGGGUAGGGGAGCAGCAGAUGGAGCAGGUGAAGGACCAUAUGCUGCAUUUGGAGGAGUAGGUGGAGGGGGAAGAGUUCUCGUUGGUUACCGACGUAGACGAGGAGCUCGUGGUGACGGUCUUAGAGGUCCUCUAGGCGAAGCCUGGAAGGGCUUCCCUGUAAAGGGACACCGCGUUGGCAACAGUGAACCGAUCCCGGUACGGUAUCCCAAGAGAGUCCUAAAGGCCGCCCAGGAAGCAGCCAAGGCGGCCAAACAGGCAGAAAUUGACGCAGUGGAGAAGAAAAAGAAGGGCAUCGAUAUGGUCAAAUACCUGCAGCAGAAGGGCACCCUGCGACGGCCAUGGAAUCCUAACGAGGGCAAGGACUCUCGGCCGAUGCCCGCCAAGCGUACCAAGAAAGACUCAGGCUGUAUAACCCUGUGAAUUGUGAAAUUUAAAAACUGUAUACAUUUAAAAGAAAUGUAUAAUAAACUCACCAUCCAUCUGGCCCAAAAAGUUAAGAUAGAUGUAGAAGAUCGGCAGCAAUUAUCCGCAAAGUGAGUCAAUGUGAGUCAAAUCAGAGCAAUAAAUAUAUUUAUCAGUU